CUAUGGUGCGGGAAAUGGUAUAUAUAUCCAAUGUUGAUGCGUCGAACGCGAACAAACACAGAAGUGACAGAUGACACAAACACAAACUUAUGAAAGUUGUUGCUGGAGCGAUUACAGCAAGUAGGAAUCUCAGAAAACUGAAAAACAGUGUUUAUGGAUCUUGGAUUUCUGCUACUGGUUUCUGAAAUGCGGACAUAAUGAGACUGUAUUAAACUCAGAAGACACUUACGGAUUGAAUAAAUCGAAAGUAAACGAGGUGAAAUCUGGAGAUAAACACAUAAAACAGGCAUCUCUUAUCAGCAAUGGCCUCCCGAGAUGAUAAGACUUACUUCAUCAUCACUGAAACAACCCCAUACAGCUUGUUCAGACUAGGAAGUAUUUGCUUCAAAAAGGAGGAUCAAAAUUCAAUUCGAAAACUUCCAAAGGACAUGGUACCGGUCACAUGUAUAGAAAACAGACUGAGUCAUGAUUUCCCAUUUAAUUUUCUGCACCCACUGACACGGCAGAAUUCUGAAUUUCUCUUGGCACUUGAAAAUCCUGAAGAGAGACUGAAGGAAAUUGAUAAGCCUGAGCUUUUGGAGCAAGCCUCCGAAUUGACUGUAGGGUCAGAAGUCACAGUGGAGCAAAAUGGCAAGUGGCUUAAAGGUGUAGUUAGAUACAUCGGCCCGCUCUCUUCCUCAGUACUGUAUCCUAUCCUAGUAGGAGUAUUUUUUGGAGUCGAACUGCAGGGAGAAGAUAUGGGCAAAGGCCACACUGAUGGAAGCUUCAGAUACCAAACCUUCUUUAAAUGUCAGAAAGGUUGUGGCGUUUUUGUCCCUUUCACCAGAAUCAGACCACAGCAUCCCAAACCGUCAGCGCCAAUGCUUGACAUCCCAGAGCCACUCUCUGUUGGAGAUCGCGUAACCUACAUUCUUGAUGAUGAAAGCGGCUGUCAGCAUGGGAUGGUCCUGAAUAUUCUGAAAGAUGGCAUGAUUUUGAUUUCAACGGACAUGGAUGAAAAUGGAAAGGUUGGAGGAGAGAGGCAAAUUCCAUGGCAAUGCGUUAUUAAAGAGGAAGCUUUAAAUACAGAUGAGUGGCACAAAUGUAAACCAGAAAUGAUGGUCAUUUCUGAAAGUCCUGAUGUGGUUAACGACCCAGGUGCUGAUAUGGAUAUAAAAGUGGGGUCCACGGUGGAGGUUAAUCUGGCUAAAAGCCCUGCCUUUGCAACAGUGCGUUGGAUUGGCUCUCUUCCAAAUAUGCCUAGCAGAAUGGCUGGCCUGGAACUGAAAGAUGCAUGUGGAGUGAGUGACGGGACAUUCAAAGAUGUUCGGUAUUUCACAUGCCCACCUAAACACGGCCUCUUCGUGAAAGUCUCUUCUUGUCAGCUUGGUGAUCGUUUCCUGGGCAAAACUGCAGUAAAUGGACACUUUGGGCAUGAUGAACAGGAUAUAUCGGCUGUCCCACCCCUGAGUUCUGAGGACGUGAUGACUGUUCUGACUGGCCGGAUGAAGGGGAUCCAGGGCCACUGUAACUCCUGUUACAUGGACGCUUCCCUCUUUAGUUUGUUUUCCUGCUCAUCGAUACUGGACUCUCUUCUGUUUAAAAAGACUAAACCGAAUGAUGAACUCAUCCAGAAAACUCUGCUAAGGGACAUUGUGUGUCCUCUGCGCAGCGAGGGUUUUGUCCCUGCGCAGAAUGUGAUGAAGCUUCGGAAGCAGGUGAAGGAGCGAGGUCACUGUCCUAGCUACACCACGGAUGAGAAAGAUCCAGAAGAGUUUCUUAAUCUCAUCAUGCAAGACAUUCUGUCACUGGAGCCACUACUGAAGCUGAAAUCAUGUAAUCAGCCUAAAUUUUUAACAGUGGUGGAGCAGACGAGUUACUUAUACCAAAUCUUCAUGGAUUACAACCACAGCCUGAUUUUACCGACAGUUCAGCAGCUGCUGGAGCAUUCUUUCUACAACAACAGCAUCAAACUAUCAGAAGUGCCUUCUUGCCUGAUCCUGACAAUGCCUCGCUCUGGGAAGCAGUUUAAAAUGUUUCCCAAAAUCAUUCCCUCGCUACAGCUAGAUAUCACUGCUCUUCUAUCCAACGGUCUUCAGCAGUGUGUGGUGUGUGGACAGUUGGCUCAUGUGGAGUGUAACCAGUGCUUCAUAGAUUCAGUUUUCAGCAGUACAGGAUUAAAGGUUUUCUGUAAUAACUGUUCAGCUCAGGUCCACCUUCACCCCAGCCGACAGUCUCAUAAACCCACAUCCCUGCACUUCCCUGAAGGAUUUCCUCACUCACGCAACACUGGUAGUGUAGCAUACAUACCCCCACGAGAAAAACUGGAGCUGUUUGCCGUGCUGUGCAUAGAGACCAGCCACUAUGUUUCCUUUGUCAAACAUGGACCAAAAACCACCGACUGGAUCUUUUUUGAUAGCAUGGCUGACCGAGUGGGUGAGACUGAUGGCUUCAACAUUCCGGAGGUUAAAGCAUGUCCAGAAGUGGCACGCUACCUCACUAUGCCUCUAGCUGAGCUGGCUAAGCAGGUACCUCGUGAAAUGGAUGGUGUGGCAAAGAGACUCUUCUGUGAUGGCUAUAUGUACCUAUACCAGAGCCCCAGCAUGGCCCUGUAUCGCUGACACAAUCAGUCAAGGCUCAAAACAAAUGGCUACACACUCACCCACAUUUUGAAUUCAAGGAAACACAUUUUGAAUUCAAGGAAUACUGAUAUUCAUGUUAAUAAACUAAAGAUACAUGCUGAGACUUAAACGUUCCACUCCAUUUGUAAGCUUUUAGCUGAUUGUUGGACUUUUGGGAGCUGAAAUCGUACAUUAUUUUUUGGAUUAUGCUUUUUUGGCACUAAUGGGAAAUACACUUGCAUAGACACAGUAUACUUUGAAUAGUGCCUUGAAACAACCACUGGACAUAAUUAAUGGAAAAUAUGUAUUGUUGUUAACGUUGAAUUAAAAUUUUCAGUGCCACCUUUUUAUUCAGUUUCUAGGAAACGAUAAUGUCUUAUCUGAAAAGGGGAAGAGUGGUAGUUUCUUUUACCAAAUCCAAUAAUUCCAGACUUGCAUUUGCUGCCUUAUUUCCUCACAAGUGUGAAGAUUACAUUACAUGUGACAUUACAUUUAUUCAAAUGCAAUAUCAAUCACAGCAUCCUGUUGUACCAAAUCCACACAUAACUGCCUGACCUGUACAUAUUGAGAUCACUGAGACUAAACAAAUAUUAUAAACACAUCAAAUAGCCUGCUGUAUAUGUAAUGGUACCAUUGCCAUACAAGUGAAAGAAAGUUAAGAAUGAACACAGAUUGCUGUACAUUUGAUGUUGAACUGCGGGAUUAAUGAGAUUUGGUCAUCUAAAGGAGGAUUUCCUGUUGAUGUUUUUGUUGGAAUUGUGCCUAUUUCUAUUUUUGGAGGAGGUUGUGAAACAUUGAAAUCAAUAUAUUGUGUGUGUUAUGAAUAUGCACUUAAAUGUCUUGCUUAUUUUGUGUAUCUAAUACAAUUAGAUGUUUCUCAGGGAAAUUGAAAUUCUUGGAAUAAUUGAUUUAAUAAAACUACUUUCAAAAGUG